UCCUUCUCCGUCGCAUCCUUGGCUCACCUCCACACAACGCCAUCACCAGACCCCACUCCCCUCUCUCAGCCAAUUUCGCUGCACCACACAAGCCCACCACCAGCGUGAACCUCCGCCGCAUCACCGGAAUUCCACGCGUCGGCCCACCCUUCCGCCGUCUCAGUUUCAUCGCCGCCCUGGGGCGGUCCGGGCUCAGCCUCCUCGCGGGAGUCGUUGAUCUUCGUCCGUCGCCGAUCCUGGGUCCGGCUUCGGCGUCGCCGUUUCCGAUCCGAGUGGCCGGAGCUCGCUGGCCGUUUCUUCUGUCAGGACCAACUCCGCCGCUCUCGCAGAGUCGCUGCCGCUGGUCCUCGCCCCAAUCUGCUUUGACUCGUUGUCGCGAGGGGUUGUCCCGAGCGGUCGCUGCACCAAAAUUGCCGAGACGUUACUGAAUUGUCGCUGAGCGGCUGUUGCUCUUUGCCCCCAUCACCUCACACAGAGCUUUUAAGCUUUUCGUCACGAUCGGACAUCAGGUUUGGGAAGUUAGCUGUAUCAUCCCUGAUGACUUCCUCUGUGCAUGACAUCUCAGAAAAUGGGGAAGCUGAUGAACAACAAAAACAUUCAGAACAGCAUGAGUCCUCCCCUGCAACUGGAGUGCCUCAUCCUGGUGCCACUUUGCCCAAUGUCCAAUAUGCAACACCUCCACAACUAGGAACUGGACAUGCCAUGACACCACCUGCUUACCCAUAUCCAGACCCUUAUUAUCGAAGCAUCUUUGCUCCCUAUGAUGCGCAGUCGUAUCCACAGCAGCCUUAUGGUGCGCAGCCUAUGGUCCAUCUGCAAUUAAUGGGAAUUCAACAAGCUGGAGUGCCUUUGCCAUCAGAUGCAGUUGAGGAACCUGUAUUUGUCAAUGCCAAACAAUAUCACGGCAUCUUGCGGCGUCGACAGUCUCGUGCAAAAGCUGAGUUAGAGAACAAAGGUCUUAAAUCUCGCAAGCCAUACUUGCAUGAAUCUCGACAUUUGCAUGCAUUGAGAAGAGCUAGAGGAUGUGGGGGGCGGUUCCUGAACUCAAAGAAGAAUGAAAAUCAGCAGAGUGAGGUUUCUUCUGCUGACAAAUCACAGGCAAAUAUCAAUCUCAACUCUGAUAAAAGCGAUCGCUCGUCCUGAGAUGCAACUUCCUGAUCUCUGCAAAGUAGUCUCUUUCGUGCAUGGAUAGAUUUCCCAUACCUAGCCUAGCCUCAUAAUUGCCCUGCUCUCCUGCUUGUAGGUCAGUCUCUUUAGUUGGUAGUGUGAAUUUGCUUGUAGUUCUAUGAGAUACCUGCUGCAUAGAUGGUGGUUUUGAGUAGGUCUUCAAGUUGUUAUUGCUCGUACCUCUUCCGGCAUCAAGAGCUAGAUGUUCUAUUUGGCCAUUGCACUUGAAUAUGUGGCCAGUUGGAGUUCAGAGAAAGAGAGUUGGGUUGUUCUUGUUAAAUUAUGAUGCUCCAGCGUGUAUCCUAGAAUAUGUUGGUGGUGUCAUUUGCCCUUGUAUAAAUUUACUUUCAAGAGAAUGGGACAAUAAGCUAA